CCACCACCACCACUUCAGUAAGUAGCUACUAAUAAUAUCUAACCAACACUUCGUUGCAUUCCAACUGCCUCUUCUUCUCAGCUUUAUCCCCUCCAUCAACUCCGAUGGCAAUUCUAAACUACAUUUCAGCAACUUCAACAACGCCACCCAUUCCCCAGGACUCUUCAACUCCACAGCUACCCAACCCAAGACCCACCAAAAUUAUACUGCCCAACAAAAAGCCUAUGAAAUGGUCUACCGGAAUGGCACCGGGAGAUUACGGUGGCCCACCCACCACCACCAAGCUCAGAAAGUACUGGGGUGGUGAAGGUGAAGACCCUUUAACCUCUGAUGAAUAUAUUUGGAACAAAGAUUUCAUGAGCCGAAUGAAGCGUUUGAUUCAGGACCCGGAUUUGUCUUCUCUUCAACAGCUCCCUUCUGUUAAGGAAAAACCUUCUGGAUUUCUAAGUUUGAACAGAGUCAUGAGUCUAGACAAUUUGGAAGUUGAUAUGAGUAAAGAGCUUAUGCAGACUCCGAAAGUGGUGCCACAAGUGUCGGAUAAGGUCGUAACCAAGGGUGGUGACACUAUUCGUAAAAAAUGGAGAUUGGCGCCAACACGCCGUGAGCAGGAUAAGUGGGAUAGAGCAAAUAAAGCUGCAACAGGAGGCACCGAAGUGCUGUUGAGGGAAGUAAGGAAGCCUCGAGGAGAUCCUGCAGUGUUGGCUGCUCAAUCAAGGGAGCAAUAUAUUAAGAUAAAGAAGAAGUUGCAGAUUCUCACAUUUGGUAUAGGUGGCGUUGGCUUGGUUUCAGCUUAUGUUUCCUAUUCUCCUGAAAUUGCAGCUAGCUUUGGAGCUGGACUACUUGGAUCUAUAGUCUACAUGCGUAUGCUUGGCACCAGUAUAGAUGCAAUGGCAGAUGGAGCCAGGGGCCUUAUCAAAGGGGCAAUUGGGCAGCCGAGGCUUCUGGUACCUGUUGCUCUGGUCAUGAUUUAUAACCGGUGGAAUGGAAUACUUGUUCCAGAAUAUGGUUUUAUGCACUUAGAAUUGAUACCGAUGUUAGUAGGAUUUUUCACAUACAAGAUUGCGACUUUCGUACAAGUGAUAGAGGAUGCAAUUACCGUGAAUGUAGAAAAGGCGAGUUAAAGAUGAAUUCGUAUAAUGCAGGAGAGAUCACUUUUAACACAGUUGCAGAGACAAGCAUCACCAUGUAUAUGAUGGCAUUCAAAACAAUCUGCAAUGCAAAAAUUUGAUGCAUUAUCUGCUAAUGUAUUCUUUAAAAAGAAAAUAUCCAAAUUUGUAUAUGAUUUAAAGAGCUUAUAUUUAAGUUCCUCUCACGACUA